AUGAGCCACGAUCAAGCUGUCAAGGAGGCUUCGGCCAAGCACACUACUCCCGCCGAGUUGGUGGGCAAGUUCCAGUAUGGUACUGCUGGUUUCCGUAUGAAGGCGUAUGUCCCUCUCCUGUCUAACACUCCGUAUCCCGACUCACCAUCCUCAGCNAAGAUUCUCGACUCGGUCGUCUAUCGUGUUGGACUCCUGGCUUCGUUGCGCUCGCGCAAGCUCAAUGGCCAGACCAUUGGUGUCAUGAUCACCGCCAGUCACAACCCUCCCGAGGACAACGGCGUCAAGCUUGUCGAUCCCAUGGUACACUCUUCCUCAAUCACUCUAUCGUCAAUACCACGUCUGACCGCUCGUCUANNGGGUGAGAUGCUCGAGGCUUCAUGGGAAAAGUACGCUACUCAACUCGCCAACGCCGAGUCCGAUGACCACCUCGUUCAGGUCUACAACGAACUCGUCAAGACCCUCAAGGUCAACCUCGAUGCCCCCGCCAGAGUCAUAUUCGCCCGCGACACCCGUGCUUCGGGUUCCCGUCUGGUCGAAUGUCUCAACGACGCCCUGACUGCCACCAAGGCUGAGGUCGCCGACUACCGAAUCCUCACCACUCCCCAGCUCCACUACCUCGUUCGUUGCGUCAACACAAAGGGUACUCAGGAUGAGUACGGUGAAGUCAGCGAGAAGGGCUACUACGAGAAGUUGGCUGCUGCUUUCAAGCAAGCCAUGGAACACACAAAGGCCCAGGGCCACUUGACUGUUGACUGCGCAAACGGUGUCGGAGGUCCCAAGUUGCGCGAAUUGCUCAAGUACCUACCAUCUCCUGCUGAUGGUGGUCUCGAUGUAAAGGUCGUCAACGAUGACGUCCACAAGCCCGAGAGCUUGAACCAUCAAUGUGGUGCCGACUUUGUCAAGACCAACCAGCGCGCUCCCCCUUCAUCCAAGGCUGGCCCCGGAGAUCGCUGUUGCUCGCUGGAUGGUGACGCUGACCGCAUCGUCUUCUACUUCCAAGACGAGAAGAACGUCUUUAGACUUCUGGAUGGUGACCGUAUCGCUACUCUUGCCGCCUCGUUCAUCGCCGAACUCGCUCGCCAAUCUGGCCUGAUGGACAAGCUUACUGUUGGUGUCGUACAAACCGCAUAUGCCAACGGUGCCUCGACAACAUAUAUCCAGAAGAACCUGGGUCUGCAAAUAGUCUGCACCCCUACUGGUGUCAAGCACUUGCACCACGCUGCCACUCGUUUCGAUGUCGGUGUCUACUUCGAGGCCAAUGGACACGGCACCGUCGUCUUUUCUCCCUCUGCUCUCAAGGCUAUCCACACUCACCAGCCUCAAUCACCUGCUCAGGCUGAUGCUCUCACAACGCUCAUGGCUUUGACUGAUCUGAUCAACCAGACUGUUGGCGAUGCGCUCUCUGACCUUCUGCUUGUUGAAGUCAUCCUCGCACACAAGGGUUUCAGUUGUGCCGAGUGGCUGCAAACUUACACCGACUUGCCCAACCGUCUUGUCCGUGUUGAAGUCGCUGACCGUAACCUCUUCACCACUGUCGAAGGCACCGCCGAGCGUCAACUCGCAACANNCCCCGCUGGCGCACAGAAGGACAUUGAGAAGGUUGUCGCCAAGUACAAGGAUGGUAGAAGUUUCGCCCGUGCUUCUGGUACCGAGGACGCUGUCCGUGUCUACGCAGAAGCUAGCACGCGUGCUGAAGCAGAAGAUCUCGCUGCCGCUGUUGCUCAGAUUGUGAGAAAGUACGGUGCCAAAUAG